AUGCUGGUGGCUGUGGGUCCUCAUGGGCAGUCCCAAGCAAGCUGCUUCGACCUUGUGAAGAUGGGCUUUGUGACGGGUUGUGCCGUGGGCAUGGCGGCCAGGGUGCUCUUCGGCACCUUUUCCUGUCUCGGGAUCGGAAUGCAGGGUCAUGAGCUGAUGUGCAGCAUUGGAAAAACCAUGAUGCAGAGUGGCAGCCCUUUUGGCACAUUCAUAGCGAUUGGGAUGAGCAUCCGAUGCUAA